AUGCCCGAGAUAUCCAACCUCGUUGACCGUCUUCAUGCAUUGAUAAGUCUUCCGCAAGAUCAACAAGACCAUUUCGUCAUCCUCGAUGUAUGGGACGAGCUUCGCGCCGCAUACUGGAGAACUGUUCAUGCGCCCGGGCCCAACGGCAGCGCAGUCAAGUGUACGUGGCCAAUAUUCGUCACUCGCUCUUUCGGCGACCGCGCCGACCGAGUGCUUGGAGUUGUCUACAGACCACAGUACCAAGCCAUGGUUCGACGCGACUGGAAAGCCCUCGUGCGUUUCUACCGUGUCCAGCGGUCUCUCAAACUCACCGCCCCUGGCGUGUUCCUCCACCUUGGCCACCAGAUCGCUACUUCUUCAAGAUCUCUGAAGACGCUGUGCAGGCUGUUAGACCACCCACGUAAGAUCAGCUUCCAAGGAAGCGAAGUCCUCUCUGUGUUGCAGCAAGCCAUGAUUGCCAGGCACGACGGCGCCGAAGCACCAGAGCUGGAACUGCGGGACCUCAACAUGGCCGUCCAAGAGCUCAACCGACGCAGACGGGCUGCUCGUGCGACCGAAGACGGUGUUGCGACAGCUAUGGGCAACCUUGCGAUAGGCGAUACUUUCUCCCCAAUCCAACCAGAGGACAAGCAAUCAAUGGCUUGA